AUGACAUUUGAUCUUUAUUUAGGUCGGCGUGUAGCUGCAUUUGGUUAUCAUGCGGGAUUCGCUGGUACUGCUUUAGGCUUUGAUGUUUGGGCUCAACAACAAAUUCACCCCGGACAAAAGUAUCCAUCGGUUGAGCAUUUUCCUAAUGAGAAUGAUUUGAUCACUUAUAUAAAAGAUCGAUUGAAUAAAGCAAGUGAGUUAUUAUAUCCAUUACUUCCCAUUAAAGGAUACACACCACGUAUCAUGGUCGUGGGUGCUCUUGGUAGAUGUGGUAAGGGAGCAACAGAAUUUGCACGCAAAGUCGAUAUUCCUGAAGAAAAUAUUAUUAAAUGGGAUAUUGAAGAAACAAAAAAAGGAGGUCCAUUUCCGGAAAUUCUUGAAGCAGACAUUUUUGUAAAUUGUAUUUAUCUUAGUCAAAAAAUACCACCAUUUCUCACUAAAGAAAUGUUGGAUUCGCCAAGAAGACUUUCUGUGAUCGUUGAUGUAAGUUGCGAUAAUACCAAUCCUAACAAUCCGAUCCCAGUUUAUACCGGUAAUACUACUUUUGGUAAUCCGACCAUUGCGGUGGAAACUAAGUAUGUUUGCCUUACAUUGCUCAAUAUUAUUGUAGAAAACAUUCUAAAUUCUUUAUUGUGUUCUACAAGAAAUACACAUCCUCUAGAUGUUAUUUCAAUCGACCAUCUACCAACUUUAUUGCCUAGAGAAAGUAGCGAACAGUUUACAACAGAUUUACUUCCUAGUUUACUUGAAUUAACUAACCGUGAUACUGCUAGAGUAUGGGUUGAUGUUGAGAAGUUAUUUAGGCAAAAAGCUUCUUUAAUAGACUCCUAA